CACCUGUGACCGCUGGCCCGAGCGCCGGUUCUGAGAGGGGAGGCAGCCUGAGCGGGGGGCGGAGGGCGGAGGCGGCGGCUGGGCCAGGGCGGCCGCCUCAGCAGCAGCAACAGCAGCAGCAACGCCAUCAUCAUGUGGCUGAGCCCCGAGGAGGUGCUGCUGGCGAACGCGCUCUGGAUCACCGAGCGGGCCAACCCUUUCUUCCUCCUCCAGCGGCGGCGGGGCCACGGCAAGGGGGGCGGCCUGACGGGACUGCUCGUAGGAACUUUGGAUGUGGUUUUGGACUCCAGUGCUAGAGUUGCUCCUUAUAGGAUCUUGCAUCAAACACAAGAUUCUCAGAUAUAUUGGGCAGUGGCUUGUGGCUCAAACCGUCAGGAAAUUACAAGCCAUUGGGAAUGGCUAGAGAAUAAUUUGCUCCAGACUCUUGCAAUCUUUGACAGUGAAGAAGAUAUUACUACCUUUGUCAAGGGUAAAAUACAUGGAAUUAUUGCUGAAGAGAAUAAGAACCGACAGCCACAGGGGGAAGAAGAUCCUGGCAAAUUUAAGGAAGCAGAAUUGAAGAUGCGCAAGCAGUUUGGAAUGCCUGAAGUAGAGAAACUUGUCAAUUACUAUUCUUGCAGUUAUUGGAAAGGGCGUGUGCCAAGACAGGGCUGGCUGUAUCUCACUGUUAAUCACCUUUGCUUCUAUUCCUUCCUUUUGGGCAAAGAAGUGACCCUUAUAGUGCAGUGGGUAGAUAUAACACAGCUAGAGAAGAAUGCUACCCUUCUGUUUCCUGAGUGCAUCAAAGUGAGUACCAGAGACAGUGAACUCUACUUUUCUAUGUUCGUCAGUAUCAAUGAGACGUUCAAAUUAAUGGAACAGUUGGCUAACAUUGCCAUGCGUCAACUAUUUGAUAAUAAAAGUUUCACGGAGGAUAUGGUGCUUCCCAAACCCAGCAAGCCACUCAAGAAUAUCUCAGCACUCAAGAGGGAUCUGGAUGCCAGAGCCAAAAAUGAAUGGUACCGUGCUACUUUUCGAUUGCCCAAGGAUGAACGGCUUGAUGGGCACACAGACUGUACUUUGUGGACCCCAUUCAAUAAAAUCCACAUUCUCGGCCAGAUGUUUGUUUCCAAUAACUAUAUCUGUUUUGCUAGCAAGGCAGAAGAGGCAUGCCAUCUCAUAAUACCACUUAGGGAGGUUACAAUUGUUGAGAAAGCAGACAGCUCCAGCAUUUUGCCUAGCCCACUUUCCAUCAGCACUCGAAGCAAAAUGACCUUCCUCUUUGCCAACCUGAAGGACCGAGACUUCCUAGUACAGAGAAUUUCUGAUUUCCUACAGAGGACUCCUUCAAAGCAAACAUGCAGUGACAUAGGGCAAAAGAAGAGUAUUGAUGACCAUGCCUCUGAGGAAAUGUCUCCUAAUAGUCCUCCUGCAGACAGUCCUGCUUCUCCUCUCAACAAUCAGCCUGUGAAUUUUUGCACAGAUGAGGUACCCACAGCAUCUCAAGGACUGUUGAAAUUGUUUGGGACCAAUUCAGAGGAAUCCUCUGGAAUAAAAUGGGCAAAGGAGACAAUGAAAGAAGAAUCUUGGAACAUUCAUUUUUUUGAAUAUGGGAGGGGCAUGUGUAUGUACCGGACAGCCAAGACUCGUGAGCUGGUGCAAAAAGGAAUUCCAGAGAGUCUUCGUGGAGAACUAUGGCUCCUGUUUUCAGGGGCCUGGAAUGAGAUGGCCACUCACCCUGGGUAUUACAGUGAUUUGGUGAAACGAUCUAUGGGAAAGUAUAGCCUUGCCACUGAAGAAAUUGAAAGAGACCUGCAUCGUUCAAUGCCAGAGCACCCUGCCUUUCAGAAUGAACUAGGAAUUGCUGCACUUAGAAGGGUACUAACAGCAUAUGCUUUUCGGAAUCCUACAAUUGGAUACUGCCAGGCCAUGAACAUAGUGACAUCAGUACUGCUUCUGUAUUGUAAUGAAGAAGAAGCUUUCUGGCUCCUUGUAGCCCUGUGUGAGAGAAUGUUGCCAGAUUACUAUAACACUAGAGUGGUUGGUGCACUAGUAGACCAAGGCAUCUUUGAAGAACUAACAAGAGAUUGCCUUCCCCAGCUGUCCGAGAAGAUGCAAGAUUUAGGAGUCAUUUCCAGCAUAUCACUAUCUUGGUUCCUCACACUUUUCCUUAGCGUCAUGCCUUUUGAAAGCGCAGUGGUCGUUGUUGACUGUUUCUUCUAUGAAGGCAUAAAGGUCAUCUUGCAGGUAUCCCUGGCCAUCCUGGAUGCCAACAUGGACAAGCUGUUAAAUUGCUGUGACGAAGGUGAAGCCAUGACUGUCUUGGGCAGGUACCUGGAUAAUGUGGUUAAUCGACAGAGUAUUUUCCCACCUAUUCCUCACCUCCAUGCUUUAUUGACGAGUGGGGAUGAUCCACCAGUGGAAAUUGAUAUUUUUGAACUUAUAAGAAUAGCCUAUGAGAAAUUCAGCCAUUUGAAAGCAGAUGACAUUGAACAGAUGCGUUUUAAACAAAGAUUGAAGGUAAUCCAUUCUUUAGAAGACACUGCUAAGAGAAGUGUGGUCCGAGCUGUAUCUGGAGACAUUGGCUUUUCUAUGCAAGAAUUAGAAGAUCUUUAUGUAGUAUUUAAGGCAAAAUACUUAAUGAGCUGUUACUGGGGAAAUCGUACUUCAGCUGCUCAACGAGACCAGAGUCUGCCCUACUUAGAGCAGUACCGCAUCAACCUUGAGCAGUUCAAAGACUUGUUUGCUUCCCUUACACCUUGGUCUUGUGGACUCCACAUGACAGUACUUGCAGAAAGAAUGUUCCGACUUCUGGAUAAAAACAAAGAUUCCCUUAUUAACUUUAAAGAGUUUGCAACAGGCAUGAGUGGAAUGUAUCAUGGUGAUCUGACAGAGAAGUUGAAACUCCUUUACAAACUACAUUUGCCUCCAGCUUUCAAUUCAGAGGAGGCAGAGUCUGCUCAGGAAGCUACAAACUACUUCACAGAUAAUAAUGCUACAGAAGAAACAGAUAAUCAGGAAAAUAAAUCAGGAAGAGAUGAGGAAUCCAAAGAUCAAGAGAGGGGCACAAAUCCUCAUGAUUACAGAUAUCACUUGCGAAUGUGGGCCAAGGAGAAAGAUGCCAGACAAGAAACAAUCAAAGAUCUUCCUAAGAUGAGUCAGGAGCAGUUUAUAGAAUUGUGCAAGACCCUAUAUAACAUGUUCAGCGAAGAUUCUUUGGAGCAAGAACUAUACCAUGCCAUUGCCACUGUUGCCAGCCUUCUCCUACAAAUUGGAGAGGUUGGCAAAAAGUUUUCUAAUCAGCCUGUUAAAAAGGACCCUGUAAGUAAAGAGUCUCCAGCUUCUGAUCAAAGUCAGAGUUCAAUUCUAGAGCAAUAUUCUCAGGCUACUCCAGAAGGCAAAGCUUCUGGGGACAUUCAAAUUGAGAAAAACCAACAGGGAAAUCAGAUUUUUGUAGAUGGAGGAGGUGAAGGUCCAGGAUCACCCAUACAGUUGUUUUCAGAUGAUGAAACUAAAGAUGAUAUGUCCAUGUCUUCAUAUUCUAUGAUUAGCACAGGCUCCUUACAGUGUGAAGAUAUUGCGGAUGAUACAGUUCUAGUUGGUUGUGAGGCAGGCAGCUCAGCUGCACGAUGUGGUAGCACCAUUGAUACAGACUGGUCCAUCUCCUUUGAACAGAUCUUAGCCUCUAUCCUUACAGAAUCAGUCUUAGUAAACUACUUUGAGAAGAAAACUGAUGUUGCACAGAAAAUCAAGGAGCAAAGGAAAAUUGAAAGACAAUUCAGUUCAUCCAGUGAUUAUGAACUCCCCUCAGUAUCAGGCUGAACUUGAGGAAUAAGGCCAAGAUUGGGCAAGAGGCAGGUCUAGGAACCUAAUGGGUGGACAGGGUUUUUUUUAAACCAACACCAGUAACUAUGCAUUAAUUAAGGGAACUGAAUAAGGAGUUUAUCAUACUGAUUCUUUGAUAUGUGAGCUUCCCUGGAGGAUAACUUGCUUGCCGAAAUAACAUUAAAUUCUCAAAAGCAUGAAAGGAUAGAAUUGAAUAGCCUCUUGGGUUAAAAUUACUAUAGUAAAUUAUGCAUGUGUGCCUCUGCUUGUCUUUCUGUAAUGCAGCUUAAUUUCAGGCACACCUAUGCUAUAGCUCCCUUUUCUUUGGAUUUCUUGGUAAUUAUUUAGAAGUGCAGCCCUGCUUUCUAUCUUUUCCCUGUGUCCUAACACAGACAUUCAAAAUGCUGUAGAUAUUCCUGCCUAAAUAAACCUUGCUAGGAAUUGAUAAAUUCAGUGAAGUAACUUGUUGAAUGUAAAUAUGUUGUAUUCUCUUACUCUUGGCAUCUUGCAAUUCAAAAUGCCCCAAUGUCUUGGGACAGCUGGUUUCUAUCCCAAGUGAUUCAUUAAUAUUAAUCAGUACAGUAUAUAACUUUCAAAAUUUCAAAGACAGAUAUUUACUAAUAUCUUUUAGCCCCUUUUUAACUCUUCGGUGCCAUGUUCAUUUUUAAUUUCCCUGAAAGAAAGGAGUGUAAUAGCCAUUGAGAAUGGAGCAGAGUCCUGAGGAUCACAAGACACAAAAGACUUAACUGUCUGACCAUUUUAUUGUUUCUUCUUAAUUUGAGAUGGUACAUAGCCUGAGCUAAUUACUUAUAGUCUGUUAUCUUUGAUUGCUGGCAUAAUUAGAAAGCCUCUGUAAGUCAUGUUUUUCUCUGUGAUCCGAAGUAGGUCUUUUUUGUUUGUAAAUACAUCCAUAGGAAAUGCAAAUGUAAAUGCAUAACUUACUUGCUAUGUGGUGACCCAAAUGUUGUACAUCAUUUGAAUUGCAGUACAAUGGAAAUAUUGCAAUUGUAUAUGUAAUGUAUAUUAAUAGGUGAGGUUUAGAUCACCUCGUGUUCUGAUGGUGUAGUAUAAAUAUUCAGAUACAGGACCCAUCCUCUACAAAAUCAUUUGUGGAUUGGAAGAAAACUGGAGCUCCAUUUUGGAUUGAUAGCUUCCCUAUGGGAAGGCAUUCACUCUCAAGAAGCAUUAUUUGUUUAUAUUUGUAUACAUGCUCUGUACACUAGUUGCAUGAAUUACAUUUAAAUUGUAUAAAUGCCGUGUAUGGUAAUUGCUGAACCAGCCAUUAGUGUUGUCACAUUGGCUGUUCAGAAGGAGAAAAGUCUAAAGAUCUUGAAUAUGUGUAUCCAUGGAAUACACCAGUAGGUGCAAUAUCCAGUGUUAUUCUGAUUGUGGCGUAUUCUGUAUAUUUAAGUCUCAAAUUUCAUAUUCAUGUAUCUGAAAGCAGAUAAUAAUGACAUUGGCUUUUACUAAUUCUUGAUAAUUUAUUAUGUUUUAAUUAUAUAUUUACACACAAAAAACAUACAUGUAAUUUUACAUCAUUUGUCUGAUCAAUCAUGUAUAUAUUCAAUAAAUGAAUCAAACCA